CAUGUGACCACCGCAGCUCCCCGUUCUGUUCCCCGUCCCAGGCUCGUGUAGGCACCUUCCGUGAGGGGCAACAGCACCCUGCCAGACGUGCAAAGAUUAAUCAGUGACAGGAAGCUGCCUCGUUCGGAGCAGUGGCCAGCUGUGGUCAGGACAGCCUCUGCAAGCCCGGGCCUAGGAGUCUGCCCAGCCCUCUGUCUGCUGCUCACCCACCUGCUGCUGCCAUGGGCCACCUUGGGGCCCUCCUCUUCCUGCUGGGGGCCCUGGGGGCUCUCGCUGACAUCUGCAACAUACCAGAGGUAGACAGCAACCUGGUGCAGAGUCUAGGCCAGCGCCUCUUGCCCUGGAUGGACCAACUCUCUCUGGAGCACCUGAACCCCAGUAUCUAUGUGGGCCUGCGCCUCUCCAGCCUGGAGGCCAGUACCAAGGAGGCCCUCUACCUACACAGCCUCAAGCUCGAUUACCAGCAGAGCCUCCUAAGGCUUGGCUCCAGUGAUGACAACAGUGACCUCCAGGCCAAGCCCUCCAUGGGCCAGCUGGCUCUCUACAUGCUCGCUCUCAGGGCCAAUUGUGAAUUUGUCGGAGGCCACAAGGGGGACAGGCUGGUCUCACAGUUGAAGCGGUUCCUGGAGGAUGAGAAGAGGUCCAUUGGGCAUGAUCACAAGGGCCAUCCCCACACCAGCUACUACCAGUAUGGCCUGAGCAUCCUGGCCCUGUGUGUCCACCAGAAGCGGGUCCAUGACAGCGUGAUUGGCAAGCUCCUGUAUGCCGUGGAACAUGACCACCAUCUCCACGAGGGCCACCUCUCUGUGGACACAGUGGCCAUGGCAGGUUUGGCCUUCACCUGUCUGGAGCGCUCCAACCUCAACCCCAACCUGAGAAACCGGAUCAACCUGGCCAUCAGGACAGUGCAAGAGAAGAUCCUGAGGGCCCAGACCCCAGAGGGUCACUUUGGGAAUGUCUACAGCACCCCUCUGGCACUGCAGUUGCUGAUGACCUCCCCUGUGCCCGGGGUGGAGCUGGGCUCAGCGUGCCUCAAUGCAAGGACUGCUCUGCUGGCCAGCCUGCGGGACGGGGCCUUCCAGAAUGCCCUCAUGAUUUCCCAGCUACUGCCUGUCCUGAACCACAAGACCUAUGUGGAUCUCAUCUCCCCAGACUGCCUGGCACCAAGAGUCAUGUUGGAACCAGCUGCGGUGACCCCCGAACAGAUUCAAGUCCCGGAGGUCAUCCAUGUCAUGCUGAAGGUCCCCAGUGUCUGGCCACCGUACAGACACUACAUCUCUGUCCCUGCUGGGUCGUCCUUGGAAGAUGUCCUGAAGAAGGCCCAGGAGCUCGGAGGAUUCAUGUAUGGAACACAGGCCUCCCUGUCAGGCCCUUACCUGACCUCUGUGAUGGGGAAAGAAGUAGGAGAACGUGAGUUCUGGCAGCUUAUCCGAGCCCCAGACACCCCGCUGCAGCAAGGUAUUGCUGACUACAGACCCAAGGAUGGAGAAACCAUUGAGCUGAGACUGGCUACCUGGUAGCCUCCCAGCUCACCUACUCCAGCUGCCUUGAACAAUCUCUGUACCUCUACCCUCUGUCCAGAUAUCCUUGUAACAGGCACUUGCCUGACCCUGCCGCCACCUCAUGCGCACUUGGAGCAAUGUCCCCCUGCGGUGGCCUCUUGGCUGCAACCACCACUCUUAAGCCACUGCCCACCUGGGAGUAGGGAGCCAAGCACCUUCCCUGGGGUGUCUGCCUGGGUCUGGCCCAGCCUGGCCCUGGGGGCGUGUCAUGAAGGCCACUCAUAGUCUGAAGCAACUCAGACUCCUUAGCACAAGAAGGCUGCUGGCCGCUGCACUGUGAGCACCGCCUGCUCUGGGACUGGGGUCCUACAGGGAGCACCUGUGCAGCCCUGAGCCCAGCUCUCCAGUCCACUGGGAGGGCGGCAGCCUCAGAGCUAGCUGUGGCAUAGCAGCUGGUGAGGGCCCUGCUCAAAGUCGAUCUUCGAAAUGAUUAAAGUAUUGAUUAUGCACAUG